AUGAGCCGCCAUCUUGCGGCUCUGCUCGCUGCGGCGGCUGUCCUGGCGCCGGCCGGGGCUUCAGCAGUGCCUCCCCAAGACAUUCGCUAUCGCGAUCUCCAGGAGUUCCCCCGGUCACUCGAGGGCCGAGCCACCGAUCAGUCGCCCAAAGGCUACGCUCCCUCUGCCGUCGAUUGCCCAAGCGACCGUCCCGAGAUUCGCGUCGGUUCCGAUUUGAGCCCCCAGGAGAAAGAGUGGCUGCCCCGGAGGCGUAAUAACACAAUUGCGCCCAUCCGCGACUUUUUGAAGCGUGUUGCCAUUCCUGGCUUCAACAGCGACAGGUACCUAUCCAAUGUCGAGAAAGACGCGACGGCCCUGCCCAAUAUCGGCUUGGCGGUCUCGGGAGGCGGCUACCGUGCCAUGUUGAACGGAGCGGGAGCCAUUGCUGCCUGGGACUCUCGGUCACCCGGUAGCAAUGACACGGGCAAACUCGGUGGUCUGCUCCAGAGCGCAACCUAUCUCUCGGGCCUGUCUGGAGGUGGCUGGCUUGUUGGCAGCAUCUACACUAACAAUUUUACCACGGUUCAGGGUGCCCUCAACUCGGGCACCAUCUGGCAGACACAAAACUCCAUCCUCGAGGGACCUGAGCAGUAUAGCUUGCUAAGCUACUAUAACGAAAUCUUUGACGACGUCGACGCCAAGGACGAUGCCGGCUACGACCGCUCCAUCACGGACUACUGGGGCCGCAUGCUCUCGUACCAGCUCGUUAAUGCUACCAACGGCGGUCCCGGCUUCACCUUCUCCUCCAUUGCCGAGGACCCUGACUUCAAGAACGCGAGGACACCUCUCCCUUUCCUGGUUGCAGAUGGUCGAGCACCUGGCCAAAUCAUCAUCUCUAACAACUCGACCGUGUUUGACAUCAACCCCUGGGAGAUGGGCUCCUCCGACCCGACGCUCAACGGCUACGUGCCGCUCAAGUACGCCGGAUCCCGGUUCGCAAACGGCACGCUGCCCAAGAACGAGUCUUGCAUGGUCGGCUUUGAUAAUGUUGGCUACGUUAUGGGCACCUCCAGCUCCCUCUUCAACCAGAUUGUGCUGUAUCUUCGGGACGACAACAGCAACUAUGUGCCCAAGGGAGUUCCCGACUUUGUCAUCAAGAUCCUGACAGGCAUCCUGACGGUGCUCGGCAACGAGAACAACGACAUUGCCGACUGGACGCCCAACCCCUUCAGGGGCUGGAACCCAAAGAACAACCCGGGCGCCGGCAGCGAGCGGCUGACGCUGGUGGACGGCGGCGAGGAUCUACAGAACGUGCCCUACCAUCCGCACAUCUUUCAGGCGCGCAAGGUGGACGUCGUCUUCUCCGUUGACUCGUCGGCCGACACUGACAACGGCUGGCCCGACGGCGCGUCCAUCACUGCCACCUACGAGCGAGCCAUUGAGAAGAUUUCCAACGGCACGGGCUUCCCGUACGUGCCCGGCAAGAACACGUUCCUCAACCUGGGCUUGAACACCAAGCCCGUCUUCUUCGGCUGCAACUCGACCAACGUGACGGGCGAGUCGCCGCUCAUCGUCUACCUGCCCAACUACCCCUACCAGUUCCAGUCCAACAUCUCGACCUUCCAGAUGACGACGGAGCUGGACGAGCGCGACGCCAUCGUCACCAACGGCUGGGACGUGGUCACGCAGGGCAACGCGACGCGCGACGCCAACUGGCCCGUGUGCGUGGGCUGCGCCAUGCUCGCGCGCAGCUUCGAGCGCACCCGCACCCCCGUGCCCGACGCCUGCAACAAGUGCUUCCAGCAGUACUGCUGGAACGGCACCCUCGCGGAGCAGACGCCCGGCGACUACGACCCGACGUUUUUCAGCACGCCGAUUGAGAUUGAGAGCUCGGGCGCGAAGUCGGCCGGCGGGGCGACGGUGGUGACGGCGUUGGCGGCGGUGGUGUGUGCUGUUUUGCUCAUGUAA